UGCAAAACGUUCUCCACUGAGUCACAGGAGAAGCUGGACGAGUGCAGCAGGAGGCCGGUCUUUUUAGCUCCUGAACAGCACGGCAGAGACUCACUGACGUGGAAACAUGCCUCUGCGGCUGGACAUCAAGCGGAAGCUGACGGCUCGGUCAGACCGGGUGAAGAGUGUGGACCUGCACCCCACUGAACCGUGGAUGGUGGUCAGCCUCUACAGCGGCACUGUGGUGGUCUGGAACCACGAGUCACAGAUGAUGGUGAAAACCUUUGAGCUGUGUGACCUGCCUGUCAGAGUGGCCAGGUUUGUAGCCAGGAAACACUGGGUCAUUGCUGGAGCAGACGAUAUGCUGAUCCGUGUGUUCAAUUACAACACUCUGGAGCGAGUUCACAUGUUUGAGGCUCACUCUGACUACAUCCGCUGUAUCGCUGUCCACCCUACACAGCCCUACAUCCUCACCAGCAGUGAUGACAUGUUGAUCAAGCUGUGGGACUGGGACAGAAAGUGGUCGUGUAGUCAGGUGUUUGAGGGACACACUCACUACGUCAUGGAGAUUGUCAUCAACCCCAAAGACAACAACCAGUUUGCCAGCGCCUCUCUUGACAGAACUAUUAAAGUGUGGCAGCUGGGCUCCAAGAGUCCCAACUUCACUCUGGAGGGUCAUGAGAAAGGCGUGAACUGUAUUGAUUACUACAGUGGGGGAGACAAGCCCUACCUCAUAUCAGGGGCUGACGACCGCCUGGUCAAGAUCUGGGAUUAUCAGAACAAAACUUGUGUUCAGACCCUUGAGGGUCACGCCCAGAAUGUGACCUGCGUCCGUUUCCAUCCUGGGCUGCCAAUCAUCCUCACAGGCUCAGAGGAUGGCACUGUUCGAGUGUGGCACUCCAACACCUACCGACUAGAAAACACACUUAACUAUGGCCUGGAGAGGGUGUGGUGUAUAUGUGGACAGCCUGGCUCCAACAGUGUGGCCUUUGGCUAUGAUGAAGGCAGCAUCAUCAUCAAGCUGGGUCGGGAGGAGCCAGCCAUGUCCAUGGACUCCAGCGGAAAGGUCAUGUGGGCUCGCCACUCCGAGGUGCAGCAGGCCAACCUGAAGGCCAUGGGAGAGGCUGAGAUGAUGGAUGGAGAGAGGCUGCGGCUGGGUGUCAAAGACAUGGGCAGCUGUGAGAUCUACCCCCAAACCAUCCAACACAGCCCCAACGGGAGAUUUGUAGUUGUGUGUGGAGAUGGGGAGUAUAUCAUCUACACCGCCAUGGCCCUGAGGAACAAGAGCUUUGGCUCAGCCCUAGAGUUUGUCUGGGCACAUGACUCCUCAGAGUAUGCCAUACGGGAAGGCAGCAGCAUGGUCAAAAUAUUUAAGAACUUUAAAGAGAAGAAGGCUUUUAAACCUGAGUUUGGGGCUGAAGGUAUCUUUGGUGGCCUCUUACUGGGAGUGAGGUCAAACAGUGGCAUGGCCUUCUACGACUGGGAGAGUGCUGAACUGAUCCGCCGUAUCGAGAUCCAGCCGAAACAUAUCUUCUGGUCUGACUCUGGGGACCUUGUGUGUAUCGCUACAGAUGAGUCUUUCUUUGUUCUGCGCUACUUACCAGAGAAAGUGGCAGGAGCCCAGGAGUCCAAGGAAGAGAUGACAGAAGAUGGGAUAGAGGAUGCCUUUGAGGUGCUGGGUGAGGUCCCAGAGGUGGUGAAGACAGGAGUUUGGGUGGGAGACUGCUUCAUCUACACCAGCUCUCUUAACAGACUAAACUACUAUGUAGGAGGAGAGAUCAUCACCAUUGCUCACUUGGACAGGACCAUGUAUCUGCUGGGCUACAUCCCCAAGGACAAUCGUCUCUACCUUGGAGACAAGGAGCUGAACGUCAUCAGCUAUUCUGUGCUGCUAUCAGUGCUUGAAUACCAGACAGCUGUCAUGAGGAGGGACUUCAGCACGGCCGACAAGGUUCUACCCACAAUACCCAAGGAGCAGAGGAUCAGGGUAGCCCAUUUUUUGGAGAAACAGGGCUUCAAACAGCAGGCUCUGGCUGUGUCCGUUGACCCAGAACACAAGUUUGACCUGGCCCUGCAGCUGGGAGAGGUCAAGAUAGCCUACCAACUGGCCUUGGAGGCAGAGUCAGUGCAGAAAUGGAAGCAGCUGGCAGAGCUCGCUACUACAAAGUGCCAGUUUAGCCUGGCACAGGAGUGUCUGCACCAAGCUCAGGAUUAUGGGGGAUUAUUGCUCUUGGCCACCUCCUCGGGCAACACCGACAUGGUGGGCAAAUUGGCCGAGGGGGCAGAGAGGGAUGGGAAGACAAACGUGGCCUUUCUCACCUAUUUCAUGCAGGGAAGAUUGGACAAGUGUCUGGACCUUCUCAUCAAAACAGAUCGGUUGCCAGAGGCUGCAUUUCUGGCAAGAACAUAUCUGCCCAGCCAUGUGUCAAGGGUGGUAAAGCUGUGGAAGGAGAGUUUGUCCAAAGUCAACCAGAAGGCAGCAGAUGCUCUGGCUGACCCCAGCCAGUACAGCAACCUGUUCCCUGGCCUCCAGGAAGCCCUGCUGGCUGAGCAGUACCUGAAGGAGACUCAUGUCAGGGUCAGGCCGGCUGCAGAAUACCCACUCAUCACGCCAAAUGAGGACCGUAAUGUUCUGGAGGAAUCUGCAGGUUUUGAGGCUAAUGAAGAGAUCACUGAGCCAGAGGAAGUGGUGAAGAGCCUGAAUAAAACUGCCAUGGUAGCAGCAGUGACACCUGCAGAAGCAGCAGUAGUGGAGGAACCCAUUCCAGUAAAACAGAUCAUAGAUCCUGUUUCAAUAACAGAAGAAGAAUCCACCCCAACAGCAGCAUCCCCGCUGCGUGUCGCAGUGACAGAAGAGUAUGUUGAACCAAAACAAGCAGAAUCUGUGUCUUCUGAGGAGGACACCAUCACUAAAUCCGAGGAGCCUUCAGUCUCAGACUUUUUGGAGUCCACCACAGAGAUCACCCCCAAAGAGCCAGAGCUACAAUUCAGUCCCUUGGAAGAUGUCGGAUCAUCAGCUGAGACCGAAGUCUGGGACAAUUCUCCAGCAACUGACUGUGUACCUGCUGCCUGUGUUUCUGAAACAUCUCUAACCAUCAGUGAGACAGUGGCAACAAACACUAUAACAACAGAGGAUGUCCUAGUUAGCACUGGUCUGAUAGUUGAUACUGAUUUAAUAGAAGCUAUAGCAACUGGGGAAAUGCCUGUUUACGAAGAACUGGAAACAAGUAUUAUCUCCUCAGAAGCACCUGCCAUCAUAGAUACAGCAGCAGAGGAGAAUGAUGUUGCAGCACCAUUACCUGUUGCAGUGGAGGAGCUCAUCUCCUUUGAAAACACGGCCAGUCCACUGUUCAGUGCGCCUGUCCAAGUCAAGACUUUUCCAGAUCUGGCCCUUGAUCCACUGCUAGACCCACUGGAAGAUACAAUGCCAUUACUGAAGCCACUCGCAGCACAAGAACCAGAACAAGAGGACCAAACCACAGCAAUCCCAGUAAAGCCUGAGGACAACCUGGAGCCAGCUGUGGCUCUACAGGCUGAGCUAGUAGUUUUAGCCCCGGUUGCAGCUCUUGCAGUGGGGAACAUAGCGGAGGAGGAGGCAGGUCCUGAGGAAGCUGUGGAACCAGCAGAGGACCUUGAGGCAGAGAUGAAUGACGAGGUCCUGGAUGAUCUGGAUCUGGACAAUUUUGACAUGGAAGAUAUCGACACCACAGAUAUCAACCUGGAUGAGGAUUUCUUGAGUGAAUGAAUAGGAAAUCUUUCACGAGCCAAUCUUUCUUUCAGUGACCAAAGAACAUAAGGGCUUUUUUCCGAGACAACUACAAGCUAGACUAAAUGUGUAUAAAUAUAUGUUACUGUAGGAUUAAAAUUGUCCUACAGUAAUUCUCUUUUGGAAAUACGGGAUACAUUGCAGCCAGUGAAUAAAUCCAGCUCAGACUGUUUUUUUACCCUGCACGUGCUACAGAGAUAGUACUGCAACCAUUAUGACCUUUUGUAUUAAGAUGGCUUUCACAGCAAUUUUAGUAUCAUGUUUACAGUGAAAAUCUAAAUUUUAGGGGUAGAAUUUCUACGAGCCACAUGCUUUAUCAGCAUGUGCACCAUCACGAAAAAUUAAAAAAUUACUCAGUACUUCUUCCUCAUACAGCAGAACAUCACUGUUGAUCCAAGCCACUGAGGAAUUCUUCCAAGUUUGAAUAUUGCUUUCAUUGAAGUGAAAUUCAACCAUUUGUUUUCGAACAUUCCUGCUGGAUCAGAGCAGUAUUCAUUUCUAUCUGGGACAAGGCUCCCUGUGUUUUGACUGCCAUGCUUUUUAUAAAUGGUACGUUUUAAAAAAUGUUUUGGAUCCCUAUUUGGUUAUAUGCAAUGUCUUUAUUACCUCUACGGUGUUGAUGUCCUAAUAGUUUGCCGCGUAAUUACUUCUCAGAGCUACAAUCAACACAUACUGCUGCUUUUGCUUUAUCGUGUACACUGAAAUAUGAAAUGAACGGUGUGUUUCGGUUACAGGUGCCUUACUUGUGCUUUUGUUUUACUUAUUUGUUUUUUCAAAUGAUGGAUGGUAUAUCUGGACCUGUCUGACUUUAAUAAGCACAUAUCAAUAAAGUUUUCCAUGUUA